CGUCAAGGACAUUCUAAAUGUGAUAAUUAACAUUGUAACAGUACGCCCAAGAUCCGAAGUUUACUAAAAUAAGCUGUGGCAGAAGGUUAUAAAUUCAACAAAUCUAGACUUUGCUAUACAUCUUUCUUCUUGCUUUCCCUCAUCUAUUCAAUCAAUAUGAUGCCUACUAUGUCUACAUCUCAUAUACCUUUAUUAGGUGCAAUGGACGAUCAGUUUUUCCAACAGCCAAGUCAUACAAAUCCUAGAAGAGAGCGUCGUUCUUACUCAUUUAGGCAGUUGUAUAAGUCUAACCAUAAUCAACAUGCUUCUCAAUUGUCCAUAUAUACAGAGCUGGAUGAAAAGCAAAUAGAUGGCUCUCACCCUACAACUUGCUCUGGUGAUACUUUAUGGUCUUUUAUCUGCUCAAAAAAGAAAAUAGCUUACAACAAUAUUAGUAACGCUUCAAGUCAACCGACAUCAUUAUCGCAAAGACUUAGAAGCUACAAAAGUAAAAGCGUCCAAGUAGAUAGUAGUAAUGCAACUCCAUUGAUUCCUAAAAAUUCUUCUAUCGCUACAUACCGUAACAGCCCACGUAGUUCCUUAAAGUCAUGGAAAGCGUCUGUUAUGGGAGUUGUAUAUCAAAAAAGUACUUAAAAGUAUUUUGUCAAUUUUUGGUUCGGGUUAGUUCCUUACCAGAUGCGUUUGUGUUUAUCCUUUUUGUUCUUGCUGUACUUGUUUCUAUCAUUCUUUGUCUAUUUCAUACUGACACUUUCCACCACACACACUCUCUCUCCAAAUAAAGAAAGUAUCAAUAACUAUAUGCAUUAUACAUUUUAACGGAAGGAACCCCCUUUUUAGCAUCGCACAAAUUGGAAUUUUUUUUGCGCUUCAUUGAUUU